GCUCCAUAAAGCGGGCACUUCGGGCUUUGACCAACUCCAGCUCAAACCCCCCACUCUCCACAACCAGCAUAUAUCCUGCAACAAAGCUAUCCUUCUCCUCUUUCUCAGUAUAUACACUUCCCAACAUGGCACAGAUUCUCCGCCUAGCAGUAUCCCAAUCCCACACCCUCUCCACCACCACCGAAACCCUCCAAGCCCUCGAACAAACCGCCCGUCAAGCACGCUCCCAAUCCGUCGACCUCAUCCUCUUCCCUGAAGCCUACCUCGGCGGCUAUCCUCGCACAGCGACAUUCGGCGCUGCGGUCGGAGCUCGCAGACCAGAAGGCAGAGAGCAGUUCCUGCAUUACUUCAAGGAUGCGGUGGAUCUGGGAGAUACGCCUGAGGGAGCGGGGAAGAGGUGGGUGGAGAGGGAGCUGGAGGGUCCGAGGGGUGGGGGUGUGAGGGGUGAUGGGACGAGGGAGGAGCUGGAGAGGAUUGCGAGGGAGACGGGGGUUUUUGUUGUUACGGGGGUGGUGGAGAGGUGUGGGGGGACGCUGUAUUGUGCUGUUUUGUAUGUUUGUCCCAGGGAGGGGGUGUUGGGGAAGAGGAGGAAGGUUAUGCCGACAGGCAGUGAACGUUUGAUUUGGGGACAGGGACAGCCGUCGUCUCUUCGGGCUGUGACGACGACUAUUAAGGGCGUGAAGCUCACUUUGGCAUCUGCCAUCUGCUGGGAGAACUAUAUGCCCCUCCUCCGACAAUCUCUUUACAACCAGAAUGUCAAUCUAUACUUAGCUCCUACCGCAGAUGGAAGAGAUACCUGGCUACCUCUGAUGAGAACGAUUGCUUGUGAGGGACGAUGUGUGGUGUUGAGUUCGAACCAGUGCAUGACAAAGUCGAAUUUACCAAAUUGGAUUGCAGAACAUAAUGGAGAACAGAGAGCUGUCAAUGGGCAUUCGACAAAUACCCCUACACCGACACCGUCGAGAUUGAGAAGGAAAUCAACGUAUACGGAAGAUGGAAAUGAAAUUGUACUUCCUGAGCCGAAAGGCGUGGAUGAUGCUGCUGUUACAGAGAACUCUAGUGCGAAUGGGUCGCCCCCAGCUCCAAGAUUGAGGAGGAAGUCUACUUAUACGGAGGAUGGCCAUGAGAUUGCUCUUCCUGUACCCAAACAUUCAGAGGAUAUCGUUGUUACGGAAAACUCCAGUGCGAAUGGCCCGCCUCCAGCUUCGAGACUGAGGAGGAAGUCUACCUAUACGGAGGAUGGCCAUGAGAUCGCUCUUCCUACGCCAAAGGGUCUGGGCGGCGGACUUCAAAAAUCCUGGACAAAGCCGGCUCCAUCAGAGUAUAUAUCUCAUGGCGGAUCAUGUAUUGUUUCGCCGCUUGGAGAGGUUAUUGCUGGACCGUUGUGGGAUGAUGAGAAUGGGCUUUUGACUGUUGAUGUUGAUUUUGAGGACUGUCUUCGUGGACGGUUGGAUCUUGAUGUUGGAGGGAGCUAUUCGAGGAAUGAUUCGUUCAAGUUGAUAGUUGAAGGUUUGGAUACCAGUCCACCUGUGUGAUUUUGCGACUCUCAAAUGCCAGCGCCAAUGCCUCCAGCUGUAGCAUUAUGAUCUUGCCAAUAUUUAGCGGUAUAAAUGAAAUUGACUGACCUCUAAUCAUACCAAUUGGGAGUGGCAGGCUUGUUGCGGGGUCAAGUAUCACAUGAAUUCCCGGCACCUCCACUGAGAAACACGAUGUCCGUCUACUUGUACCAGAGCAACAAAUAACCAACUUUUAUCGCAGCAGAACUUUCCGAUCCAAACUUUUUUUCUCUCAGCUGAUAAGGUUCCCUGUUUCCUCAACCAAAGUAUUAAUUUCAUGGUUGCCAAGCAAAGUCAUUCCCAUUAUCCCAUACCAAGACACGACCGUGUCACGAACGCAGACCAAUUGUCAUGACGCGUCGGAUCGUCUACGGGUCGGUUAAGCUCAAGCAGCUAGCGAAACGAAGGUAACUUAGUGUCUCUGGUAGCUCGAACUCUCGCGAUGAAGAGGUCGUGAUUGACGAGUAUCAGAAUCGUGGCUAGAGAACAAGGAAGGAUGAACGGUUGACGUCAGAAUUUUCAUGCUUCUUUCCGCACGGUCACUAGGUGCAAUAUUUGAUGUGACGGGAACUGUUGACUAUGUGCAACUUUGAGGUGGCACAAGUGAGAAGAGCCUCUACCUAGGUACUGUUCGACUGAUAUCA